GCAGGCAUUUUGUUCAACUGAAGAUGUUUUACUGCAGUGUCAGUGUUUCAAUGUGCGUCUUUCCACCAGAGUCCAUUAAGUUUUCUUAUGAAUUUUGUUCUUCUGGCUCCACAGAGGCGAUGGAGAUGUACGGUCCUGAGCUCUGUUACAUUCUGGACGGGUUCCUCGGACUUUAUGGCCUCAUCAUCACCGGCAUGUUCAUCAAGGAGAAGUUCUUCAGAACCAAAGUGAAGGAUGAGAACAUCUACAGCGAUCUGGCAGGUCAGGGUUCUGGAAGUUACCCACUGAGGAGAGACCCGGAAAAAGGAAGAAACCGCAGACCUGAUGACGACACCUACACGGAUCUGACCAAACGUCCGGACGGAGAAUAUAAAGAACUUCCUGUGAAGCGAGAGCGUCAGAGGAAGAACGAGCAGGUGUACCAGGGUCUGAGUUCUGCCACCAGAGACACCUACGACUCGCUGCAGAUGCAGCCGCUUCGCUAACAACCAGAGUUCUUGUUUCAUGGAACCAGAACCGAUCAGAACGUUUUGAAUUCCACAGAUUGGAAGGUUUGAAUCUGAACAGUCAGAAAAAUCUGUUCUUUACGUUUUUUAUUGUUGCAUUUUCAAACAAAACUUUUAUAAAAAUCUGAUUCAUUUGCAAACAUUCAGGAUUGAAAAUGACAAAAGUUUCCGUUUUUUCCACAAAAUUGUGAAAAUCUUGAGUUUGUCUUUAAACCGACUGAGUUCUGGGAUGAAGCUGGUUCUGCUCAACACGUCGCAUUUUACUUCACAGGAAGUUAUUUUCAUCAUUUCUGUCAUUUUUCAGGAAAAGCACCAAAUAAUUAGACUAAAUAAUAAACGUUGCUGGUUUUGGGAUUAAAUCCUCAGCAGCAGCUCCAGUCACAGAACUUUCUGAUUAUAUUUAAACUCAAGACAAUCGUCAUGUCAUUAAAAAAGAUCUUUUUUAACUUCAAAUGGAUUGUUGAGGGGAUGAUGAAGGGUUAAAGUUACUGUCAAUCUAAAUGUAAAACGUUCUGGAGUUAAAUUAAUGCAGCUUCAAACUGGCAGAAAAUUCACAUCAUCGAACGACAACGAUGGAGAAAAGAAAGCUGCAGAGUUCAAUAAAUACCAGACGUGAAGCUGCAUCGGCCGGAACUCGACGUUUUGAAGAGAAUCCCAUAAAUAAACACACAAGUGAACAAAUAUUCAAAGAGAAUUCAGAAAAUCCAUCAUUUGUUGGUGAAAUGCGGAAACAUGACGUCACAUCUCGUUGAUUAGAUUUUUUCUAUAAUCUGGAUUUCUCAUCACAAAAUGUAUUUUACUUUGAUUCUUUCUUUUUCCUGUUUGGUGCCUGAAUGCAGCUUUCAUGUUUUACUGUUUGUUUAGAUUCAGGUUCUUGUUUUUACAAAAUAUUACAAACGUUUGAAUCCAUUUUUCAUCUUCUUGUGUUUUUCUGACAGGAUCUGAACAUUUAAAUGAGUUGUUUGUUGUUCUGAUGCUUUCCUGAGAAUCUGUGCUGUUUUAACAGCAGUUAUGUUGCUUUGUGUUGCUUCAUUAUUAAAAUCCUGUUUUAAAAAUGUCUCUGGUCUUAAAAUGUGUUUCAAAUGAAUCCGUGGAUACGAAACGAAAACCUCGCAGUGAAUUCAAGAGUUCAGUGUUUUAUCAGCUUGGAGCAAGUUUAGUGAAGUGAUAUUUGAAGGCCUUUCGUGUUGUUUGGGGUUUAUUUGUGACUAUUUUGUGUAUUUUAAAAAAAAUAAAACUUCUCUGUUGCA